AUGCACUCUAACAAAAAUCAUGAAAAGAAAAGGCUGUAUUCUUAACUGUUCAAAGAAAUAAAUAUCUCUAAAUUAUAAAAUAUUGAUGAAAGAGAAUAAAAUUAAAUACAGAGAUAUAGACGAAACAUUGUAAAUUAAAAUUUUUAUCCUUACGAAUCUUAACUUUAUAUGGCUUCCUCAUUCUUUAGUCUCUUCUUCCUGAAGAAGAAACCAAUAAUUAAUUUAAAGUUAGUACUGCUAAUAAAUCUAUUAUUAUAGGUUAAUUGAAAAAAUUAAUCUAACCAACGAUUAUAUCCAAAUUUGCAUCUAAUUUAUAAAAAAGUCCUCAUUUGCAGGAUUUGAACUUAAGCAGGGAAACCCUAUGGGUUUUUAGUCAAUUACCAUAACUACUUGGCCAAGCUGA